GGCAGGAGUUUGCCGAAGAGAAAGGGAAUAGGGAGCACCGUCUACGGGACAUCGCCUUUCCCACCACCACCGCCGCCCGGACACUCGGCCCCCUCAAGAUGCGGAUUCCCUUGGCUGCCGUCGCCGCGUGGCCGCCGGCCAACCACGUCAACCCCGAGACGCUGGGACCUGGAAAUACGAUCCUGCUGUCCAUACUCCAGACGUUGGUGACGGCCCUGAUCGCUAUCCGUCUCUACACCCGUAUGAGAAUGUCUACCGGGUGCAGGCUCGACGAUACGCUAAUAGUGCUGGCAUAUGUCCCCACCACAGGCUAUGCCAUUGGUGGCAUAUACCAAGAGCUGGUGCUGAAGGGCGACCGACACAUCUGGGACUUCCCCAUAGAAAAUUCCGAGGCGGCGUUCAAGCUCAGCCUGGCACAUCUCCUCCUCUUCUGCGGGGCGACCACGCUGACCAAGCUGUCCAUGCUGGCGCUCAUCCACCGCAUCACGACGGCGGCGGGCGACCGGACGGGCCGCAUGCUGACGGGGGCACUGGCGGCCGUCGUGGCGCUCGACGGCGUCGUGUUCCUCGUGGUGGAGCUGACGCAGUGCCGCCCGCUCUCGCUCUACUGGACGCCCUCGAUCCGCCGGCAGGACUGCAUCAACGAGUCGGCCCACCUGCUCGCGGCCGGCGUCAUCAACACCGUGACGGACCUGCUCAUCGUCCUGCUGCCCGUCCGCACCGUCCUCAACCUGGACCUGCCGCGCCGCCAGCUGCUCGUCGUCCAGGCCCUGCUGGGUGGCGGCAUCCUGGCCACCGUCGCGGGGGCCGUCCGCACAAAGUACACGUGGAGCGUCUUCACCGCGCCCGACUUUGAUGUCACCUGGCGCCUGCACCUCGUUAUCUCACUCAGUGCGGUCGAGCUUUAUCUGGGCAUUGUGUGCGCCUCGCUGGCUGCGACAAAGCCCUUCUUCCAGCACUUCAUCCCGCGCCUCCUGGGCAGGUCGGACGUGACGGAGCCCCUGAGCCUAAAGAAGAGCAGGCCAUCAGUGGACGAUGGCGGGAGCAUGGCGGCGCUCAGGUCGUCUGCCAGGUCCAUGGCCAACGGCACCGCCAUCCCCAAGCCAGCAUGGUUGAGUAAAAUGAGGAGGGGCGGGGGGGACAAGGGCGGCAGCGGCGGCGGCGGGAACCUGGCUGCUCAGUUGCAGUUCGGCUGGCGGCCCAUCAUCUCGUCGCCCGUCAUAUCUUCGCCCAUAACGCCGCUCGUCAAAGACAAGAACCAGAAGCUGCAGGGCCUGCAGCGCCAACAGUCAUCGUACUCAAUAGCCCGAAAGCCCGUCCCGGGCUCCACGCCGCCCUGGCAGUACCCAGAGGCAAGGCUCGUGCCCAUCUCCUCAUUCUCCACAGCAACACCGAGGCCCGCCACCGCCGUCCCCUCAACCUCCCACGCCCGGGCAGACCUCAACAAACCCCUGCCCGCGCUCGACGCCGCCGCCGCCGCCUCCGUCUACAGCUCGCCGGGCUUCCGCGGCAGCGCCGUCGUCGAGGCGCUGUCCCUCCUCACCACCCCCGCCCCCGCUUCCGCCAGCAGGAGCCGGCCGCUGACCACGUACGGCGCGGCCGGCUUCGGCCCACUCGCCGCCGUGCAGCAGCGGGAGCAGCAGCGGCCGCCGCGGCGGUCGUCGGCGCCGCGCAUGCCGUCGUCGUCGCUGGCCUACGAGCCGUCCGUGCUGGCGGGCAGCAGCAGCAGCACCAGCGGCGGUGGCGGCACGCAGUCGCAGAUGUGCAGCGUCUACGACUUCAUGGCCUACGACGACGGCCACAUCUCGGUCUACAAGGCGAGCGGCGGCGGCGGCGGCGGCGGCGGCGGCAGGACGGGGGCGCCGCCGUCCGCCCGGGACUGAGCUGUAGGGGCUGCGCUUUUGUGGCACCUCCAUCCCUGUGUCGACGCCUCCUCUUGUUCCAUUUCCUUGCUCUUCCUUUCUUUUUGGGUCAUGCCACUCAUCUCUCACACCCUGUUCUCCCACUCCACGCCCUCUGGUGGCCAUGUGGGUUUUGAUUGCAAUUCUAUUUUACAAUGCCGAACGAUAUGAUACCCCCACCCACAAAGCUGAUGUCCUUAUGCAGAGAAGUAAAAAUCCAAUCAAACUCAAUAGAAAAAAAAGAAAAAAAAAGUAAAAAUCAAGUGUCU